CCAAUAUGGCGGCUUUCAGCACCGUGUCAUGCAAGUGUUAGCAAACCUAUGUUUCAGUGAUAUUAUUAAAUUUUCUGUAAGUAAAUUAAAUAUUUCCUGAGGGAUUAUGGGACUGUUUUAACCCGUGAAGACAUCAUUAUAAAAGAAUCGACCAUGUUGUCAUCAGCAGUCUCCAGAGGGAAGGUCAGGUCCCUCCUCUCACUGAGCAGAAGACUUUCCACCAACCAGCCUGGCUCACCGGACGGAACCCAACACCCUCUGCCUGAGACCUCCGCUCCUCUCCCGCAUAGCGAGCCGGAGCCUCGGCAGAGAUGGAGGCCCAAAAAGGACCCCAGCGAAUGUUCCAUCUUCCUCUUUCCUGGUCAGGGCAGCCAGUUUGUGGGCAUGGGUAGAGGACUUUUAAAGUACCCCAAUGUUAAAGAAAUGUUCACGGUCGCUCAUAAAGUUCUCGGGUACGACCUGUUGUCUCUGUGCCUGGAGGGCCCCGAGGAGGAGCUGAUGAAGACUGUUCACUGUCAGCCUGCGGUCUUUGUUACCUCACUGGCUGCUGUGGAGAGGCUAAACCAGGAAAACCCAAAGGCCAUUGAGACGUGUGUCGCCGCUGCAGGAUUCAGUGUCGGAGAAUUUGCUGCUCUAGUAUUUUCAGGUGCCAUGAACUAUGCAGAAGCUCUGUAUGCUGUGAAAGUGCGUGCAGAGGCCAUGCAGAAAGCAUCAGAGCUGGUUCCUAGUGGGAUGUUGUCAGUCAUCGGCAGACCACAAGCUCAGUAUAAAUACGCCUGUCUGCAGGCUAAAAAGCACUGCAGUAGCCUGGGCAUGGAGGAGCCAGUCUGCUCGGUAGCUAACUACCUGUUUCCUGAUGGCAGGGUCAUCGCAGGGCAUCAGAAGGCUUUGGAUUUCUUGCAGCAAAACUCCAGAAAUCUCCAUUUCAUGAGGACCAAACCUCUCCCAGUCAGCGGUGCGUUUCACACUGAGCUGAUGCAGUCGGCGACUGAACCUCUCAGAGAGGUGCUCCGACAGGUGGAGAUCCGUCGUCCUGAGAUCAGUGUGUACUCCAACGUGGAUGGUAAACGCUACAUGAACGAGACCCAAAUCCGCAAGCAGCUGGUGAAGCAGCUUGUGUCGCCAGUGAAGUGGGAGCAAACUCUGCAUGAGAUCUUCGAGAGAACACAGGGGACAAAAUUUCCUCACACCUACGAGCUCGGCCCGGGGAAACAACUGGGUUCAACGCUUCAGAAAUGUAACAGGAAGGCUUUCACCAAUUACACACACGUGGAAGUCACCGCUUAUGAAGACUGAAAAGUGGACUCAGUGAUAAACACAAGGAUGAAAAACUGAGCCCGAUUGCUCAUUUUAGAUUGAACAAGACCUAUUAAACCUGCAAGCUCCUGUGGUUGCUUCUUAUGUAAAUAAAUUAUUUUUAUUAAUGAGA